AAAGCGGGGGCAAACCAGUCAACAAAAGGAAAUCUUCAGGAUAAAAUCGGAAAAACGGAAGAAAUCACACAGUGGCAACUGGCAACCUAGCGUGUAGUUAAGUAAGGUAUUGUGUGUUGAUAGAAACGCCCAACGGAUUUUGAAAUGGAAGCAGUGGAAAACGACAAGGAGAAAACUGUCUCUGACGUCGGCGGAAGCGGCGACGAUACGGCAGUUACAACCGGAGGCCGAGCGCGCAGGGAGCGAGUGAGGGGACCAUGGUCGCCGGAGGAAGAUGCGGUACUGAGCGAACUGGUGAGCAAGUUCGGGGCGAGGAAUUGGGGCUUGAUUGCUCGAGGAAUCCCCGGCCGCUCUGGCAAGUCAUGUCGUCUCCGCUGGUGUAACCAGCUCGACCCAGCCGUCAAGCGCAAGCCGUUUUCUGAUGAGGAAGAUCGAAUCAUUAUUGAAGCACAUGCCAUCCAUGGGAACAAAUGGGCUGUGAUUGCAAGGCUUCUACCCGGAAGAACGGAUAAUGCUAUUAAGAAUCACUGGAACUCCACCCUGAGGCGGCGGUUUGCAGAACAUGAAAGGAUGAAGUCAGAAGCUGGAAAUAUGGUUGAAGAUGUUAGCUUGGACAGAACCAAGGCAUCAUCUGAAGAAACUCUGUCUUGUGGUGAUGCUACUUCAGUAAAAUCAUUGGAAGGGAAAGGCCUGAGCUCUCUAGAAAAGAUGGAUUAUCAAUGCAAAGGGAAAUUGCCAAUACAGAUUCCACAUGGUCAUGGAGUCAAAGAACCUACUACCCUGUUCCGUCCUGUGGCUCGUGUCAAUGCUUUCAAUGUUUAUAGUACUGCAAAUGGCUCUGAAUCUGCUUCACUGCUUCCUAGAUCAGUCCCAGCACAUGGACCCUUAAUUCAAACAUUAAGGCAAGAUGUUGGUAUCAGUAAAUUGCUUGAAGGAUAUUAUAGCGAGCGUUUAGUGCCUCAUCAUUGUGGCCAUUGCUGUUGUGAGGCAGAAAGUGGAAGAAAUUCUCAUAAUUCUCUUUUGGGGCCAGAAUUUGUGGACUUCUUGGAGCCCCCGUCAUUCCCAAGUUAUGAAUUAGCUGCUAUAGCAACAGAUAUAAGUAAUCUGGCUUGGCUGAAGAGUGGGUUGGAAAAUAAUAGCAUCAGAAAAAUGGAUGAUGCAACUGGUAGUGUAGUUUCUCAUGAGUCUCAAGUAAAUUAGGGGGAGGUUGAAAAGAGAAUUAGUGAUAAUUUUCAUUUUAAAGGGAGAAAAAAUAGCUUAACAUGCAUGACAAACACUUGCAAUCUAGGAGGCAAUGGUACUUCCAGGAUAAGAUGCAGCUUUUAUGACAUUAUGUAUUAUAGUAUACUGUAUCCCUGAAGAAAAAUGGAAAGGAACAUAAAGUUUAAUACUAGAUUUUUAACUUAAUUAGAACCUGUUUGAAUGAGACAACAUUUAGGAUGUAAGAAAAUAUGAGAUGGAACAUAGCUCCUGAAGUAUGUUUGAAGAGGCAGCAUUUAGUGCUUGGAUGAAACUCAACAUCUGAGAGUAUAGCAGAAAGCUUAGUGCAGAGUUUGGCGCCCCCUUUUCAGAAGCAAAACCGACAAUACAUUGGUUUUGGAGAUGGUUGGAAGUUUGGAUCCUUUUCUUGUUUUUUUUGCACUUCCUGUUGUUUUCAAGAUGUUGAAAUUAGACAAUUGUAGCUUAGGUUGUUCAUUAAUUUGAAAAGUUAGAAUUCAAAACAAGAAAUCUGUGGACAGUAGAAAUAGUAACAACGUUGUAGAGUAAUUAUAAUUGUCUAACUAAAGAUAGAAUUUCAUG